CUUUACCCCCCACGUUAAACUUUCCGGCCCGCUUGUCGGAGAAGAUGGGCCUUUUGUGAAUUGGUCAAUUGAGAACCUACUUAGUUUAUUCAGACAAGAUGUGAAAGAACAUCAGUCAUCCUCAGGUUCGACAUAACACAAUGGCUACCGCAGCUUCAGCAGCACUCUUCUCUUUAGAAGGACAAACCGCCCUCGUUACCGGUGGUACUCGAGGUAUUGGACAAGCCGUCUGCAUAGCACUUGCAGAAGCAGGAGCAAAUUUGAUCUUGAUACAGGUAAUUCCAUUUCGUUGCAUUGAACUCAGAUUGAAUUAUACUUACAAAAUCUUGUGUCCAGCGUAGUCGCGAUAAUCUCGAGACUCAAAAAGCUGUCGAAGCUCUGGGCAGGAAAGCUCCUAUAUACACUGCGGACCUUGCAUCGAAGGAAGAGGUCGCUGGAAUCACUUCUUCUAUUCUGAAGGAUGGACACUCGAUACAUAUUCUCAUAAACUGUGCCGGAAUUCAGCGCCGUCAUCCAAGCCACGAGUUCCCGGAUAAUGACUGGAAUGAGGUGUGUAUCUCGUGGUAUUUAUGCAGAGGGCAGGUUGUGCUAAAAAUUGUUAAUUUUAGGUUAUUCAAGUCAACCUCAAUACUGUCUUCACCCUCUGUCGCGAUGUUGGUGCCCACAUGUUAAAUCUCGAACCAUCCGCUUCGACCGGUCGACGAGGUAGCAUCAUCAACUUUGCCAGUCUCCUAACAUUCCAAGGUGGUCUUACCGUUCCAGCAUACGCAGCCUCGAAAGGUGCCGUGGCACAACUCACCAAAGCUUUAUCGAAUGAAUGGGCAUCGAAAGGAAUUAAUGUCAAUGCAAUUGCUCCAGGUUAUAUCGAGACAGAGAUGAAUUCUGCGUUAUUAGCCAAUCCGGAGAGAUUGAGGAGUAUCAGUGAAAGAAUACCGGCCGGUCGAUGGGGUGCUCCGGAUGACUUCAAGGCGAGCGUUGUUUUCUUGGCAAGCAAGGGAAGCGCGUAUAUCUCGGGACAUGUACUCACGGUAGAUGGUGGCUGGAUGGGUAGAUGAAAAUGUAUGAAGAAAUUAUUAAAAUCAUUUAUAUCUAAUUUAUGUUCGAAAUGCCCUUGACUUUUGUCGUCAUUGUCUUAGGUAGGUUUUCACGUUAGUCUCACUCUUCGAGCUCUGACGGUUUAUGACUUUAGCCGGGCGAUGAUAGUCUUAAUAUUUGUCUUCACACGCGCCGAAACU